AUGCCAACAGAAAUUAUGAUUGACAAGUUACGAAUACAAAAAUAUUCACCCAAGACAAAUCAGCCCCCCAUUACUUUAUGUAAGACAAACACAAAGGUAUACGGAUACGGCGCGAACACACCUCUGCCUAACGUUGGAAAAUUUGACAUCGAAAUAGAAUCAUCGACUCGAAUUGUUGUGACCACAAUAUAUGUAAUGCAAGGGACAUGUGGUUCGUUGCUUACCUACGAGACAGCCUUAGCCUUGAACCUCAUCAAGUUAACUAUUAAUGCAACAGAAAAUCAAGAACCGGAAGUUCAAGAAGAAAACAAACUGAAACAAUUAUUAGACAAAUACAAUGAUCGAUAUCAUGGAGUUGGAAAAUUAAAAGACUGUCAAGUUCAUCUUCACAUCAAUGAAACUAUUACACCUAGUCCCCAACCACACCGAAGAAUCCCAUUUCACCUUCGAAAGGGACUUGAACAAGAAUUAACACAAUUAGAACAUGAAGGCAUAAUAGAAAAAGUACAUGGUCCAACCUCAUGGGUGUCUCCACUAGUUGUGGUACCCAAACCAAAAAAUUCCAACAAGGUACGCCUCUGUGUUGACAUGCGCGUUGCCGACAAAGCGAUAGAGAGAGAACGACACAUCACACCCACUAUCGAUGACCUUAUUAACGACUUAAAUGGAGCAACUGUUUUCUCCAAGCUUAAUCUAAACCAAGGUUAUUACCAGCUAGAACUUGCACCUGAAUCACGGUACAUAACAACAUUUUCUGCACACAAAGGUCUGCGACGCCACACUUGA